AUGGUGGGGCCAGGUUUGAACACAAUUUCAAAUUUGAAUCCUAUCACCCAUGCUUUAGUCACAUCAUCUCUGCAGGCAAAUGCCAAAAACAGCAUGCACACAGUAAUAGAAGGUAUCAAUGAAAAUGCCAAACUUCAGCCAUUCAUUGGCAGCUCAUCAUGGUCUUUCCCUCAGACCAUCACUGCUCAAAUCCCAGAAUUAAUUCACAUGCAGCCUCCAUGUCCUGCUAUCUAUGACAAGAAGAUCUGGAUUGCAUCAACCAAUGGACACUACUGUUUCAGACAAACUGCAGCCCUCUUAGCAGGUCAAUUUUGCAAGGUUCCAUGGUAUAACCCGGUAUGGAAAUCCCCAAUUAUACCUCGCAUGAAAUUUAAUUUGUGGUUGGCACUUCAAUGUAGAUUGCCUACCCUUGACAGCAAAUCAAUGACUAAGCACCAAAAUGUGUGUACAUUAUGCUCUAAUUCUCCGGAAUCACAAGACCACCUCUACUUCAGCUGCCCUUUCAUUUCGCCAAUAUGGAGAUAUAUCAAGGACAAAUGCCACUUCUCAACUGCAAUCACAAAUUGGAGCAACUUGGUUAUGCUUACUAGUCACAUGUGGAAGUCCAACUCACCACAAAACAUGGUUAGGAAAAUUUGCCUAUCCUUGGUGGUUUACCAUACUUGGGAAGAACGAAAUAGCAGAAUUUUUAAGAAAAAGAAUUGUUCACAGAGAGUAGUUCUCGCCAAGAUUAACUCCUCUAUCACCUCAAUUCUUCAAUUUGGUUUCCUUAGUGACUCAACUGUUUCGAGGAGAAUUCUACUUGAAUGGAAUCUACCUCCAUCAUGCUGUAGACCCCCUUCCCAUCCGUCAGAUUGA